AUGCUAGCAUGCAUCUUGCAGGUUGCGGCGGUCUCUUAUCGCGCACCUUCUGCAAUGCGUCGGGCGGAUGUCUCAGUUGUCACUCAGAUGUCGUCUACCGAUGUAGCUGAUCUGAAGCCAUAUGCUGAAUUUGCUCGUAUUGCUUAUUGUUCGCCUCUCAUCGUAGGGAGCUGGAGUUGUGGCAAAUCUUGCGAGGCGUUGUCUGAUUUCAAGGUUUCUCUCACCGGGGGUAACGACAACAGUAUCCAAUAUUACUACGUUGGCUACUGGCCGACAAAAAAUACCGUGGUAGUUGCUCAUGAAGGCACAGACCCAACUUCAAUCCUAGCUGUUCUUACUGAUGCCAAUGGGUUGGUGGAACACCUGGACUCCACGCUUUUCCCUGGUGUCGAUAGGAGCAUCAAGGUUCACAGCGGAUUUGCCGACGAGCAUGCGAAAACUGCGAGCGCCAUCUUGACGGAGGUGAAGAGCUUGAUCUCUCAAUAUAACGCCACGAGUGUCACACUGGUCGGGCACUCUCUGGGAGCUGCCCUCGCGGAGAUCGAAUGUGUGUUUAUGGCCUUGAACCUUCCCUCUCACAUCACUAUCAAAGGUGUGACAUUUGGUACACCCCGCGUAGGAAAUCCAGCAUGGGCCGCUCUCUUUGAUUCCCUGGUAUCGGACUUCAAACGCGUUAACCAUAAGAAGGACAUUGUCCCGAUUGUUCCGGGGCCCGAGCUGGGCUACUCACAUGUCCAUGGAGAGGUCCACAUCGUAUCUGAUGAUCAAGUAGUCCUGUGUGACGAUGAUUCCACGGAUGAUCAGUGCACAGUCAAGAGUGUGCCCAACAUAUUUGAGGGCAACGUCUUGGACCACUUGGGUCCAUACCAAGGGAUUUAUAUCGGCUAUUGCCCACCAUAA